AUCAUAUUUUUUAAUUGCAGAUAAUUUCGAACAUCAACAGCCUUUGGUAAAUGUAAAACGAAAACGGGUGGUAAAGUUUUGCGAUCAGGAAAUCCUGUUGAUGUUGAGGAGCUACCAGACUUAUCCAUGUGCUUGGGUCCAAAUACACAAAUCGAUGAUUGAUAACAUCCAUCAGCUUCCAUUAGAAACGCAGAAUUUGUACAAUUCCUCUAAUGCAAAACAAAUAAAAGAUAGGCUUUCUACAAAGUUAUCUAAAUUGCUGUCUGUAUCAGACCUCGAUAUAAAGAAUAUCACGAUCAGGAAUGAAUUGAAGAAGGUAAGGGACAUAGAAAUCAAAUUAGCACAACCUGUUCAUAAAAAACAGACCGGGGUACGUGCGACCACUGAUUUGAACGAAUUGGAUGUAAGAUCUCAAAUGAUGCAAGAUCUGUCCUCUUCCGAAGAGGAUUUGAAUGAGGCCAAUUCCGAUUCGUCUACGCCUGCUCCUUCAAAAUCUGCAUCUUUGACCGGUCCGUCUACAUCUACGUCUUCAUCUUUGCCCGGUCGGUCAAAAUCUUCAUCUGUGCCCGGUUCAUCUAGAUUUUCAUCUACGCCUGGUACUUCUAGACCAUCACCAUCUCAAAAAGGAGUUUGCAAACGGCCACUUCUGAGCGUUAUGCGGGAAAAUCAAGAGGCGUAUAACAUUUUUAUAACAAAAAAAGUACCAAAACUUCUUAAAGCUCUUGCUGUUGACUCUGACGAGUCUGAUUAAUUUAAUAAAACACUUGAAGAACUCGUUUCCUGUAUAUUUUUUAAUUUCAUUAAAAAGGGAUACAUUUCCUCUACUUGUUAUAAUAUGUAUAAACAAUGUUGCGGUAUUUUUUUAAACAUUGAUAACGUUUCGGUCAAAUAUGUCGUCAAGUAUCAUUAUGGAAUAUCUUGAAAUUACUUCGAAAACAUAAAAAAUAUUAUACAUUAUAUACGUGUACCUUAAAUUACGUGAAAUUAAUCUUUAAAAAUAUCAUAAUUGAAAGAAAUCAACAUGCUUAUUCUUAUAAACGACGCACCCGAAGUCAAAAAUUAAGUUCAAUGAAAACAAUUUUUUGAACACAUAUUUUCUUCAAUUUUCGUGUUUGACAU